GUGUAUGGUAUACCUAAAUCGGCGAGACGAAUUACUCACUUCAUUUUUCAUUACUUAUCAGCCUUCCCUUCCCAUAGCUAAGAGCUUGUUAGUGACUAUUUCAGUUUGGUUGUAACUGUCUUUCCGAAAAUGGAAAGAAAAAUGUUCUUAAAUAUAUUUGGUAUUUUUUGCCUAUUUAUGGCAAACGGACUUUGUGAAAAAGAUGUUAAGGAGUACAUUCAGAAUAUCAGACACGAUUACUGUAUCGAUUAUUGUGCAAAUAAGUGUAAAUAUGCUAACGUCAGUGAAAUCGAUAAAAAAUGCACCAACUUCAAAAACAUAGUAAUUACCGACAAGUACACGAUCGAACUUUUGGAUAAAAAUGUAACAUUAACUUGGAAAAUAUACCCUGUGAACUUGAACUAUCUGAACAAACUAACAAAUAGAUCAGAUUGUACUGCCAAGAAACUAGAAAUUAAUGUUGAUGUGCCACGGACUGAAACUAAUUCUGCACAAGUGUUCAAUCAUAUAAUAAUUCCAUCCAUUCGCUAUAUGGAAGUUCUUAAUUUAAAGGAAUUGAGUGAAUUUCAGAGUGAAAGUAUACUUCUAGAAAAGGAUAUCGAUGUUAAAAGCGGAGCAUCGGCUGCGCAUUUACAAUUAGAAACACCUUUGAAAAUGAACGUUUCCGCCUUAUUAAACAAUUACUUUUCGCUGCGGAUGGAAAAAUUGAGAGAGGUAUAUAUCUCCAAUUCUUCACCUGAAGAAUGUACGCUAUAUAGUAACGUAUUUGACAAUGCUACUCAGCUAGAGAGGAUUGAGUUUAACAAUAUAAAUUUGGCUAAAUUUAGUAAAGCGACGGUCAAGAAUUUGACGAAAAUAAAAAUUUUAAAAUUCAUCCAUUGCAACCUUACAUCACAUGAAUUUCUUAGGUCCAACAUUCUUCAAAAUAAUCUGGAAGUUAUAAAGUACGAUUCUCUGACGGAAAUUGAAUACAACUUUUUUAAGAAUUACAAAAAUCUUCACAAAAUUGACGUAUCUUUUGGAAUGCCGGACUCUUUUUCUAAAGUAUCCAGCACCAAUAUAACAGCUUUUGUUUGUAUUAAUAGAAUUUGUCUUUUCAAUUUGGGUACAAAUGGCAAGCGAUGUCCGAAAAAUUGCAUAUGUCAACUGUCACCACUUUUCAAUUCAUUUGGCAUAAACUGCGAUAAUCAAGGGAUUCGAAAAGUGUCAGACCUUCCUACACCCAUCACAGGUAUGACAAAUUUACAUUUCGAAAACAAUGCUUUAACAGAAUUGCCUAAGCUGCCGUCCCAUGGAUACGAUAUUAUACGGGAGCUCCAUUUGGCUAAUAACAAAAUAAGCAAUUUAAGCAUAGAACAAAUGCCUCAAAAUCUCACUUAACUAGAUAUAAGUAAUAAUAAUAUAACAUCUCUCGAAUCAAAGGCAGUCGAA